AGGCAUGUGACUCUAAGUCGGCUGCUGCUGCUGUUGUUGUUGGGAUUACAUCACGGUCGCCUGUGUCGCGCUCGCCUCCAAGUCGACGCCGCGCGGGAGCGAAGGGUUGUGUUGUUUUUUUUCGCAGAGCCUUGAGCCCUCCGGGUCGACCUCCCCUUGCACCGGUUGCUGUGGCCUUCGGUGGGGGCGCCGGGGAGCCCCCUCUCCGCCCCGCUCUUCUGCCCCUCUCGGGAAGAGUGUGAACUGUUCAACCCACCCCAGGGAGUGGACAGCAGAAGAGGCAACGGCAAGGAAGUUCAGGGUGGCCGCCAGUGGUGCCGGAGGAGAGAAUGAAUAGCAUGCUUUUGGGACCAGCAGUUUGUUUCAGGAGAAGAUAUCAUAGCUCUGGAAUAUCCCUCAUUUUGGAAAUUUUGGCCAGAUGACCCUACCUAAGCAUUGACUGCUGGAAGCAUCUUGUGGACCCACAAAGGUUUCUGCUUUCCUCCACAGGUAUUUCCAUUUUGCAAAGAUUUAAUAUAACACUGGAUACAUAUGUAUUGAGGCUGGUCAUGACCAUGCUUUAGAAAUGAAAAGAACAUGAGCCCCUCUAGGGCAACCACCAUGGGUCCCACGCAGAUGGUGGAAGAGAACCAUGGGGAGAAGACAAGCCUGUUUGACACGGAGGAUAAAGGCUUUGCACUUUUCCAUAGCUCAGAGAUCCCCCCUGAGCAUAUGGAAAAACCUCCCCAGAAACGAAAGAAGGGGCCGGCCCCCAAGAUGCUUGGAAAUGAGGUGUGCAGCGUGUGUGGAGACAAGGCCUCUGGCUUCCACUAUAACGUUCUGAGCUGCGAGGGCUGUAAGGGUUUUUUCCGGCGUAGCAUCAUCAAAGGUGCCCAAUAUGUCUGCAAAAACGGUGGCCGAUGUGAGAUGGACAUGUACAUGCGCCGAAAGUGCCAGGAGUGCCGGUUGCGCAAGUGCCAGGAGGCAGGCAUGCGAGAGCAAUGUGUUCUCUCUGAAGAGCAAAUCCAGCUGAAGAAGCUGAAGAAGCAGGAAGAUGACCAGGCUCGGGUGGUGGUUGUGCCCCAAAAUGCACCUUCUCCUUCAACCCCACCUCACAAAAUGACCCCUGAGCAGCUUGACAUGAUAGAAAAACUGGUGGCAGCACAGCAGCAGUCUAACCGGCGCUCCUUCUCAGACAGGCUCAAAGUGACGCCAUGGCCCCAAGUCUCAGAUCCCCUUCACCGUGAAGCACGACAGCAGCGCUUUGCUCAUUUCACAGAGCUUGCAAUCAUUUCUGUGCAGGAGAUAGUGGACUUUGCUAAGCACUUGCCAGGUUUCCUGGAGCUCACCAGGGAAGAUCAGAUUGCUCUCCUGAAGACAUCCACAAUAGAGGUGAUGCUGUUGGAGACAUCUCGACACUACAAUCCAGAAACAGAAUGCAUCACUUUUUUGAAGGAUUUUAGUUAUAAUCGGGAUGACUUUGCAAAAGCUGGCCUUCAGUUUGAGUUCAUUAACCCCAUCUUUGGGUUUUCAAAGGGAAUGAAUGAGCUGCAGCUCAAUGAUGCUGAAUAUGCUCUUCUAAUUGCUAUCAACAUUUUUUCUGCGGACCGGCCGAAUGUUCAAGACCAGCUGCUAGUGGAGAGGCUACAGCAUACCUAUGUCGAGGCCCUUCAUUCGUACAUUUGUAUCCAUAGACCAAAUGAUCAUCUAAUGUUCCCACGGAUGUUAAUGAAACUGGUCAGUCUUCGGACUCUAAGUAGUGUUCAUUCUGAACAAGUGUUUGCUCUUCGGUUACAGGACAAGAAGUUGCCACCACUUCUUUCAGAGAUUUGGGAUGUUAAUGAAUGACCACGCUGUCUCAGGACCAUGAUCCACUGAAGUAGCCCCAUUAUUUACCUUCUAACAAGCCUCCCUCUCUCUGAAACACUGAAGAAGAGCAGAUGAUUAUGGUCCUGUGUUUUCACUAGUGAAACAAUGUAGAAGGCAAGUGAGGUGGACUAGGUGAUGUUUUAGUCUUUCAUUUGAUGUCUUCCAGAAAUGGGACAUCUGAAACACUUCAACAUGAUGGAUGUGCCCAAAUAUUUUAUCCAUUGGUUUUCUUCUUCAGAGCAAUUUCUCCAUGUUUAAUUGGAAGGACUGACCAUGCAGACACAUAGAAGGCUUUCUCAGACAUUUCAGAAGCAAGACCUCUUGUGUCAUUUAUAUUGUAUAACUUUAUUAGAGUUACUUGGACUCAUGCAUGUUGAUCAUCAUGGCAAAAAGCUGGAUAUAAAGAGAACAUUUGUGGCAUUUCCUUCACUUUUGGAGGAAUCUUUUCUUUCUGUGAACUGAAGCCAUAAGUGCCAUUUUGUUAACUUUUGAAAAUGGAUUGAGAGGGUAACCUCAAUAUAAAUUGCUUGUAAUCUUUCCUUAUUUUUCCCUUCCAACUUUCAAAGUAUAUUUUUCAUUUAUAAAUCAGGACCCUUCAUAUGUAUAUUACACAUGCACUAGGGAGCCAUGUUCAGUUACCUUUCCAUACCACGUGGAGCUGCUUUGUAUGUGAAGGUGUACAUCAUGUGUACAAAUAGUAUAUAUUCAUGCACUCAAUACUAGGCAUGGUUACUAAAAAGCAGGAUCUGUUGUGUUCAAUGGGACUUACUCUUAAGUAAUUAACAGCACGUUGGAGGGCAGUCUUAGUCCUCUAGUCAUGGGGGAUGAAAGAGGUCAGCAUGGGGAGUCCAACAUAUCUAGACUGUCAGGAUCAGGGAUAUUCCUUGUAUUUAUGCUUGAAUCUCCUUGUUUAAUUCCAUAGUAUGGCUCUGUGUUGAUGCACAUGCACAUUGAGUAUGUCCAUGUGACUGUGCAUGCUGGAGUAGUAUUGGAUACAUCAGCACACUGCACAAAUCACAGUGGGUAGAACUAAACAUCACAUGGAAGCUUAUGUAAUAAAAACUUGGUGGCUGCUUUUGUUGAAGGACCCGUUUGAGAAUGCCAGAUUGGAGCACAGAAUAAGGGGAGGGAGACUGCCUAAUUCUUUUCCUGUUUAUUGCUUUGCUGCUGUUAAUUUCCUCAUCCAGCCAUUUUUCCCUCAUGGGAUUCCAGAUGUGUGUUUGCAAAGUAAUUAUGUGUCUUAACCCUAUAUGGAAGGGAAAGCAUCUGGAGAAUUGUUAUAAGGGAAAUGUAGUUGGGGGAGAGAGGAAGGAUUAAGCACUUUUUCUUAUUCCUCAAAAACUUAUUUCUUGCACAAAAAACACUCAGUUGGGGAUUUGUUACAUUUCCUCUUGGUGUUGCCCUCAGAUAUCUUUGGGAAGGAGUAAAAUGUAAGUUGCUUAUGCCAUAUAAGAAUGUUAAUGUAUGUCAAUAUUUUGAAGGGUCCCUCGGCUAUUCUGAAACAUGUGUGAUUUUGUCUCUAUCUUGAACAUGUCAGGUUGUUAUCUA